UCUAUAUGGUAUCCCCAUAACCUGACGCUGUCAAGUCAACGAACCGAUGAACUUGGCGGUUUCACUAUUAGUUUAGAUAAAAACCCAAAAAAUGCCUCCCAAGAAGCGAGAUAAAGACAAUGAAGCUAGUAAAAACUCCAAAAUUGAUCACUUACAAGCCGACCAUGAGUUGUUUUUACAAGCAUUCGAAAAGCCCACCCAAAUAUACAGAUUUCUACGGACUCGCAAUAUGCUUUCGCCUAUAUUCCUGAAUAGAACAUUGUCGUAUAUGAAGAGGCGGAUGUCGCGGAGUAAUAAAAGCCGUAUAGGUUUUAAAGUGGAUAGUUUGUUAGAUAAAAUCACAUUGAAGAAGAGUACAGAGCUACAGCCAAAUAGUUUGGGAGGUUACAUGACUCUCACCUUCCUAGGAUUCUAUGAUAAGAGCCUGGACGAGCCCAGAGACUACCAGGUCAAAGUGGAAACACUGCUGCUUAAAAUAUGCCAUAAGAAGAGGAAAGAAAGCUCCUCAGCUAUAGUUGAAGUAUCUGUUGGUAGCUGCUCCGUACCUCUAAACCCCUCAACAUCAGAACCGCCCGCAAUGGCAUCAGCCGUCAGCAUCUCCAGUGAGACAUUUAGCCCAUCGCAAGGCCCCAACGUAAAGUCCUACAUGCUCAUGUUACGAGUAACAGUCACCAGGGCUUCGGGAUCUAGUACUUCUAACGGUGCGGCUAGUUCUAGUGAAAUUACAAACGGUGACUGUGAUGAACCAGUAACCAAACGUCUGAAAUCAUCAUCGGAUCUCAACUCGUCUAGUGACGGGAAAUGGACAAAGUUCUACGGUAGUGAGCUAAUAGUUUAUGACAAACACAACAGAUGUCUCCUUACUAAUGGAGAGUACGACCUCGUGUUGCACGACGCGUCGCCGGCAGGCCGGAGUGGGACCAUCGCGAGAUCACCACAUAAAGCCCUCAUGGCACAAUGGGAAACUAUACCUAAUGAAAAUGAUCUUCAAACCGAGGGGAAUCCAUUUGACAUAUUCAAAGUGAGGCCCCUUCUCAAACUGAAGCUUAGCUGGAGCCAGGAGCCGACCAAUGGACUUGUGAACCGACCCAAGUUGUACCAGCAGACCAGUGAGAACGGCAAGAAGGAUUCAUGCUCCAGCAAGGAUCGGCAGGCAGCUUCCAAAUCUAGUAAUAAUGAUAUUAAAAAUGGAGACAAAUCCAAACUGGAUGGUACGGACGGAGAAUCAAAGCGUCAGCAGAUAAUCUACCAGUUCUUGUACAACAAUAACUCGCGACAACAGACGGAGGCCUGUGACGACCUGCACUGUCCGUGGUGCUCGCUCGACUGCGGGACGUUGUACUCCUUGCUCAAACACCUCAAGCUGUGUCAUUCUAGAUUCAACUUUACGUAUUUUCCAAUCCCCGGCGGCGCUCGCAUCGACGUAUCAAUAAACGAGUUAUACGAUGGAUCGUACACGGGGUCCCCGCACGACCUGAUCGCGGCACAGGGCCGGGGCGGGGGCCCGGCGGCCACGGCACCGGGCGGGGGGCCCGCGGGCCCACGGGCGGGGCCCACACGUCGCACGGAGCUCACACACGUGUUGGUGUGGCGAGCGCGGCCUAGACGUCGCCCCAUCAGACAUUCCCUGGCAGAGUUCUUGGAACUUGAUGAUGCAGAUAUUGUUGAUGCUCAGCGGCCGUAUCUUACGGGGCAUAACAGAUUAUACCACCACACGAUCACAUGCCUCCCCGUAUAUCCAAACGAGUUAGACAUCGACUCAGAAAGCGAGACAGACCCGCUGUGGCUGCAACAGAAGACCAUGAUGAUGAUAGACGAGUUCACAGAUGUAAACGAGGGAGAGAAAGAACUCAUGAAGAUGUGGAACCUACACGUCAUGAAGUACAACUACGUAGGCGACUGUCAGAUACCCAUCGCCUGUCAGAUGUUCCUACAGAUGCGGGGAAAGGAGUUACUAGAGAAGAAUUUGUAUAGGAAUUUUGUGUUGCACAUGUGUUCGUUGCACGACUUUGGGUUGUUGAGUCCUGUGGCGUUGUACCAGACGGUGCAGCUGUUGAAUCAGAUGUUAGCGGACAAUGGUGAGGCGAAGGAGAAGAUGCGCGAGUCGCUGCGGGCGGCGCGCGAGCAGUGGCGCCUCACGCGGCGCGACGAGCCGCGCGGGGACGCCACGCCGCGCCGCAAGCCGCCGCGGCAGGCGCCCGGCCGCAAGCGGGCCUCGCUCUCCGAUAGAAACACUUCUGUGUAACUCAUACUGUGUUCACUUUACUCUUUAAACCAGUUGCACACGUGUUGUGUACGGAAUCUAUAAUUCGCGUAUCUAAAUACAACAGUGACUCAGAAAAUCGCGCAAGUCGCCGCCAUUUUGGCGACAAAUUACGAAUACGAUGCAUACCGUGUGUGAUUGGCCUUAUUUAUUAUUAGUGCAGACGCUACAGGGAAUUGAGUGUGCAGAAUAUAGGCAUGUUUAACUUUUUCUUUACAAAAAAAUCAUUUCCAUUCCGGCAACAUUCAGAAUCAUGCGUGCUUUUCCCAGAUCAAAACCAUACACAGCGGUCGUUAUAUUUUGCAAACCCAGUUCCCUAACUCUUGUACUAAAUAGACUGGAGUCUAUCCGGCCGCCAACAGUACAACCUCGCUGCGUUUCAACGCAAGAGACCUGGCGAGCUCGAACUCUUACUGCAGGUUUCAAUAGCCUAUCGUUAAUUUCCUAACUAGAGAUUGGAUUUUGACAUUAGUCCCAUACAACCAUUAUCAAAUUCAUAUUCCUAGUAAGGAAAUCCAUGGAUAGGCUAUUGAAAUCCGCCGUCAGUCUAUACGAAUCGGUAGAACAAAUUUUCUCUUUCACGUUUUAUGCAUAAUUUUUAAUUGACGUGGCGCCAUAUCAUUGAAAAGCGUCGUUUUAAUAACAAAAAUUAUCUCUUGUGAUUAGGUGAUUAGUUUCGUUACUGCCCAGUUAUGGUGUUUUAGUUAUAUAAGUGUCCAUUUAAUGGAUGUUAGUUAAGUUCUAAAUUAUGACGUAUGAUAGUUCCCUCUUGUUCUGAUGUUGAUCUCGCGGCCCCAAGCUCCCUGACGCAGCACAUUGGCACUCGACACUACUCUCCCUUAGACUGAAUACACGCUAUGAAAACCUUGCCACAGUAUUUUAGUUCAUAUAACGUUAUAAUUAAUAAAUUAUAGUCGAUUGAAUUUUGUCAUAGAGUAUUAUGUAAUGUAAACUCGAGAAAAUAUCAAAUUAGCUUCACUAGAUUUUGGGUUAUUAAUAGCAUAGCAUUUUUAUAGCACUAAACCAAAUCCUACUUAAUUUACUAUUCCGAAAUGUUCCAGUAUUGGUUUCCAAUAAAAUAAGAUAAUGCGCAACAAUAUGAAACUGAUUCUAAUUUGAAGCAGUGCCUUGCUCUUCAAAUAGUGUUUAGACCUAUUAUACACACAAACAGUAAAAUGUAAGCCUAACAGGAUAAUCAUUAGCAGACUGAUCGACAAAUAUACAAAAUCACAAUAAUUUGUUGACAAUCACUAGCUUAAUUAUUUAAUUAGGAUAAAAUUUUAAUUGGAAUACGAAACAAUGACGAAAUGGAAGAAUAUUGUGCAAAGUGUUUGUUUUGGCAUGAAUUUCUAAAGAAGACUGCAGGGUUGCAAUGCCUUACUCGUCUCAAUUUACUCUACUGACGCGAUUCUCACAUGAAUGAUCUUAGGUAUAUUGUCAUCAAAGUGUUCACAACUAUAAUUAAGUAAAAUCAAUUUAUCGUUCGCAUUCAACUCAUGAUGUUCAUCAUAAUAUUUCCGUACUAGACUGCUAAACCUAGUAAUAAUGAUAUACAACUCAAUAUUUCUUACAUUUAAUAGUUAUGUUAAUAUAAUUCCAUUUUGCAGUGCUGACUUGAACGACACAUAUUUUGUUAUUUUUAUAUUGUUCCAUUUUAAGUAUGUAUAUGUUCAGUAAAUAGUACUUAUGAUGAAAUGAAUUAUAAUAAUUAUUUUCAAA